AUGGCGUGUAAAGAAAAGCCAUCAAAAAGUAUUCUGAAGUCAGAACAAGAACAAGCUCAGACCCUUGGAACAUACAAUAUCCACACAAAACGAGCCAGCUUUAAAGAUGACGUCAUUUUACAACAAUUUAUCCAGGACAAAUGUGAACUAACUACGCCUCCUGUGGUUGAAGCUAGACUAUCAAUGGCUUCCGAUGAAACAGAAGAAGAAUUGACCGCUGAAGAAAUAUCCAGGCGCAAGGAAUUUAAACAAAAACGUCGUUUAGUUGAUUUAGAAGGUGCUGAUGGACUGAAUUUAAAGGCGUUCUAG